GAGGCUGGCGAGGAGCUGGCGAAGUACGUGGAGGAGUGCGAGAAAACCGAGGCCUGGGGGCCGCUCAAGCCCGAGCCCGCGGCCGGCACGGCGCCCGCGGCCAACGGUGGCGCCACGGCGCCCGGCGCCCUGGUGGCCCAGGCCGGCGUGAAGCGCCCGCUGGGGGGCGUCACGCCGGGCAUCCAGGACCCCAACAAGCGACCCACUGGCCCAGCCGGCGUGAUGGCGGCGCGGCUGCAGUUCCAGCAGCCGCGACCAGCGGCCCGGCCGGUGGCAAUGGGCAUGCAGCGCCCCAUGGUGGUGGGCCCGCGCCCCGUGCUGGGCAGACCGCCGAUGAUGGUCCAGGGCCCCGCCCAGGGCGGCAAGGGUUUCCGGCCGCCCGUCACGCCAGGCCAGCAGCCCAGGCCCGGCAGCCAGGGGUCGCUGCUGCGGGGCCUCGUGCAGAAGUUCUGAGCACGGAGGGCCGCCGCCCGCGGCCGCCCCGUCGCGCGCCCCGCCUCCCGCCUCUCGGCAUCGUUUUCGCCGGCCCCCCUCCCCAUCCUCGUCCCCGUCGA